AGACGACAGCAAUGUAUCGUCCUACCACCUUGUCCCGGCGGACGGACUUGCAAGUGUGAAACUCUUGGAGAAAAAGGGAAAGCGGAACAGUAAAUCCAAAUCUACUUCAGGGGGCAAGUCGAAGUCGAAGUUCCUGGCUCCCCGGGUUGAGGAGGAAGAAGAUGAGAAAGAUUCGAUUUUUGCCACGCAAGAACUGGAGCGACGCCUACCUUCCGACGCGACAGUGAUUGCGGGCCUAGUACCCGAUUCCAUCGGAGAAUACAAGCAACAGGAAGACUCGGAAUUACUGAAGGUGCAUUUCAAAAAGGCUCUUCCGCAAGAGCAGGCCGCGACCACCAAGGGC